CUCUAAUGUUUGAAGAAAGUGAAAUGAGAAAGCAUCUCCUUAUGAGUAUUCUAAAGAACCGGUUAGAUGUCUUCCCUACCACAAUCAAUCCAGCUAUGUUUAAAAAAUGUGCAGCAAAGGACUUUCGUAUACGCUUGCAUUGCUCUUGUCGCAUGUUUUGGACCCAUAAAGAUGAGAACAUUUUUAGCAGGCAAAUGGCUCAAUGCUUUACUUGCAAAGAAUGGUUUCAUCGGCAAUGUGAAAGAAUUCCACAGAGCGCUUAUGAACAAGAAGAUGAGCUCUGGUAUUGUCAGCAUUGCAACAGUAUAGCAGACAUUAAUACUACAAAUGAAGUAUAAUAUCUGAAACUGUCAUGACAUUCUUAACAAAGAAAUAAUAAAAAUUAGGUUUAUUCCUUACUUAAUAUAUGACUUUGUUAUA